UUAAUUUUAUUAGAAAACAACAAUGGCUAUAGAAAGAGCUUCAUGUCCCGUUCUCAACACUUUGCGUUUCUGCACCAACAAUUCUUCCAAACUGUACAACUUCCGAAAAAAACACCUUCGAUUCCCCUCUUUCUUCCCCAGAAACUUCAGUUCUAGUAGUGGCAAGUUGUACACUCAUGGAUUAUUUGUCAAUUCGUCAAGUUCAUUCUCCAACAGUACCCAGGAAACUCCGUCUCAGCAACUCGCUCUUCUUCUCGAAGUUGAAGGGGUAUUAAUGGAUGUGGACCGAUUGGGCAACCGCCAAGCCUUCAAUGCAGCUUUCCGGAAGCUUGGAUUGGACUGUGCAAAUUGGAGCCAACCAGUUUAUCAGGAUCUUGUAAAGAAGAGCAUGGGUGAUGAAGAAAGGAUGUUGGUCUUGUUUUUUAAUAGAAUUGGUUGGCCCACAUCACUGCCCACGAGUGAGAAGGAGACAUUUAUGAAAACUGUUCUGCGAGAGAAGAGAAUUGCAUUGGAUGAACUUGUCAUGUCAAAAACCUUACCUUUAAGACCUGGUGUUGAAGAAUUUAUUGAUGAAGCAUGUGAAGAAGGUGUACCAGUAGUGAUGCUGACAGCCUACUGUAAAAGUGGGGAGAAACAAGUCAGAUCUAUCAUUGAGAAGCUUGGAAAGGAUAAAAUGGCAAAGAUAAAAAUAAUUGGAAUUGAGGAGGUAAAACGAAGUUCCUAUGGCCAACUUGUAUUAGGCGAAGGGGUGGCAUCUGACCUAGGUGAGCAACUGGCUAAAGAAGCAAGAAAAGCAGUUUCCGCUGAGGAGCAAAGAAUUGCUAAGGAGGUUGCUUCCAUACUAAAGUUGACUGUCGACAUUGAUACUACUUCAAGUGAAGGAUUGCAGAAUGUUGUGGCUGCUCUGAGGGCUGGGGCAGAAUAUGCCGAUGUACCUGUGCACAAUUGUGUGCUUGUUUCCGGAAGUCUAUCUGGUGUUGCUGGAGCAGAGCGAAUUGGCAUGCCUUGCGUUGUGGUCCGGAGCAGUUCAACGGCCAGAGCUGAGUUUCCCGGAGCUAAAGCAAUAAUGGAUGGAUUUGGUGGUGCAGAUCUAACAAUUUCUAGGCUGCGGCAAAUACAGGGAUCGUGAUGUUCCAUUCAAAAGCCAAAUCCUGUAAAAUUUCCAAACUUAAAAGCGAGUGUAAUUGCGCUUCUGUAAAAUUAUUUACUAUGAAAUAUGUAGGCAUAAGUUAAAAUGCAGUACCAUCUUAGAGACAUCGACCAUUUAUGGAAUUACGUCUCAAUUUUGGGCUUCA